AUGCCUCGAAAGAGUGAAGGUCGCAAAAAGAUUGAAAUGGUAAAAAUCGAAAAUCCAAGCAAUUUAGCCGUCGCCUUUACCAAACGCCGCUUUGGCCUUUUAAAGAAGGCAAGCGAACUUUGCACCCUUUGCGGGGCGCAACUAGCCGUCAUUGUGUUCGCCCCAAAGCAAGAAAAAGUAUACUCAUUUGGGAGUCCAAGUGUUGAAGCGAUUAUAAAUCGCUAUCUACAACAAAGUCCUGACCCUCAAAGUUCAAGGGCGUCUCAGUUUAUGGACAUUCUCCGCAAUGCCAACAUCCAGGAACUCAACAAUCAGCUCACCAACAAGCUCGAACAAUUGGAAGCCGAGAAAAAUGCCGCUAAAGAACUCCAAAAGAUAAGGGAGGAGAACCAACAAAAUAACUGGUGGGAUAAACCCAUAGAAGAAAUGGGAUUGGAAGAACUUGAACAGUUGAAGGUGGCAAUGACGGAGAUAAAAGAGUAUGCUGAAAGGCAUGUGGAGGGACGUACGACAUAG